AUGCCACUUUCUCAAGACAAUUCUAUCACCUACGAACAAAUUAAUUCACUCAGGUUCGAAUCCAUACAAGCAGAGCUCGCCAAUUGGGAACAUAUCGUGUUUCAAGGUGACAUGGGUGACUCGCACAGACAAAGGGAAGCAUCUUCAAGCAGCGGCAAUCAUACAUCCAAGCCAGUCAACAAUUCCGCUGACAAUACAGGGACAGGACAUCAAUUUCACGGUGGUGCACCACCUCACGUUCCUGCUGAGGCAUAUAACUACCUUAUACAUGCAUUGCUUUCGAUGCAAGGAGCUAUACCACCCAAAACAGCACAUAACCAAUCGUUGCCAUACCCUCAAGGACAAUUCCCGGCGGGCCCUUCUACAUCCUCAGUUUUUUCCGGUGUGCCACACCAAGCCAUGCACUCUAAUCUACCCCCUGUGAUGUCGCCUACAGGACCCAUUCCACAUUUCCCCUCCACUAUGAUGACCACACAUUCAGGCUUCCACAGCACGGUCAAUGAGCCUACAGCGUUUGCGUCAUCAAGUACGGCUUCUCCAGAUGCAAGUGAUAACGCAGACGAAGCUGCUGCUAUUGCUGAAGAUAAGCGCAGACGAAAUACUUCUGCUUCAGCCAGAUUCCGGAUCAAAAAGAAGCAGAAGACGCUCAACCUCGAGCGAACUGUUACCGAUUUAACUGGCAGGACCGAGGAAUUGGAGCGAGAGGCAUCAGAGCUGCGACGAGAGAAUAGUUGGUUGAAGGAAAUCGUGCUAUUAAAAAGCAGAAGAAGGGGCGCAUUUGGUGGCUUACAAUCCACGGACUCCCACCAAGCAGGUACUUCAUCCGCACAGGGAGACGGUCAUGAUGAUGAUCCUAGCAGCGACGGGGAAGAAGGUCACGAGACACGCGGAAGGAAAUAA